ACACGCAUGAUAUUGUUAUGUUUUAUGUAAUGUCUCCUGGCAUAUUAUUAAGAAAUAAUGUUCAGUCAGCUUGUCAGUUUCCAAACAAUACUUAGGAUGUGAACCUACUAACGUUGGAAGAUGUACAUUAUAUCUAUCCACACUGACACAUUCCACAGGCACAUGAGCCUACUGAUGUUGGUACAAAAUACAGGCACAUUGACAUAUUCACAUUUGUACAUGAAACUACUCACAUUAAUAUAUGUACAUGAACCUUCUCACAUUUGUACAUGUACAUGAACUUGUUCAAACUUGUAUAUUUAUAAUAUACCUUCUCAUAAUGGUACAUUAUAUAGACAUAUGAACCUCCUCACAUUUAUACAUGUACAUACAUACUUGUAAACCUACUUUCAUUAGUGUAUUAUAUAGGCACUUAAACCUACUCAUAUUUUACGUGUACAUUGAAAAGUACUCUCAUUACAUGUACAUGAACCUAUUCAUAAAAGAACAUAAACCUACUUGCAUUUGUACAUCAACUUACUUACAUUUGUACAUGUACUUGAACCUGCUCACAUUUGUACAUGUACAUGAAUCUACUCACAUUUGUACUUCAUACAGGCACAUGUACCUACUCUCACUGGUACAUGUACAUGAACCUGCUCACAUUUGUACUUCAUACAGGCACAUGUACCUACUCAUAUUGGUACAUCUACAUGAACCUGCUCACAUUUUACAUGUACAUGAAUCUACUCACAUUUGUACUUCAUACAGGCACAUGUACCUACUCACACUGGUACAUGUACAUGGACCUGCUCACAUUUGUACUUCAUACAGGCACAUGUACCUACUCACACUGGUACAUGUACAUGGACCUGCUCACAUUUGUACUUCAUACAGGCACAUGUACCUACUCACACUGGUACAUGUACAUGAACCUGCUCACAUUUGUACUUCAUACAGGCACAUGUACCUACUCAUAUUGGUACAUCUACAUGAACCUGCUCACAUUUUACAUGUACAUGAAUCUACUCACAUUUGUACUUCAUACAGGCACAUUUACCUACUCACAUUGUUACAUGUACAUGAACCUGCUCACAUUACAAAGGCACUUGAACCUAACCACUGUUUAUUAUAUGUUUACAUUUAUGCCUGAUCACAUGGAUAGAUACACAUAAUAGCAGUACAACAUAGAUUCUUAUCAAAAUGUUACAUGUUACCCCAUAACAAUAACACCAUAUACAUGUAACACAACUCGCAUUGACAUAUCUACAACUUGUUUACCUUCUUCCUCAUCUCAACCAGUGUUGAUUAACUGUGUGAUCUGCAUGCCAGUUGCCUGUCUGGAACAAUCAUUUUAGUUUUCGCUUUCUCUCGAGAAGUAUCUUUACUAUUUACUUUUCUCAUACAGAAUUGCUUACUAUUUAAAAGUUGUCCAUAUUACACUUAAUUUAUCUGUUGUUUUCUUUAGAAGUGUUUUAUGGCUGUUUUAAAGUUAAAAAUUCAAUAUUUAUUGGUAUGUUCUUUGGAAGAAUCUUACUAAUGUCUGUCUGAAACUGUCCCAAGAAUGUUAAGAAGUAAUUUUAAUGGAAAUGCUGGCAACAUGCAGCUGUUCAACAGAAAAAGUAAUAGUUUCUUCAGCCAGUGCCAAUCUGUAUACUUUUGCAGCAAAAACUUUGAAUAUAUGUAGGUGGCAAAAAUUCUUUUUAGCUCAACUGUCACGUGACAGGGUAAACUUUUGUGAUCUAUUUUGUCCGUCGUCUGUCCGUCGGCCGUCCGUUCACAAUUUCUUGUGAACAGGACAGAGACCACAUUUUGCAAUCAAUUUUUAAUCAAACUUGCACACAACUUGUAUUGGCAUAAUAUCUAGGUUCCUUUCGAAAACUGGCCAGAUCCCAUCAUGGGUUCCAGAGUUAUGGCCCCUUAAAGGGCCAAAAUUUGCUAUUUUUGGCUUGUGAACACAAUAGAGACAAUAUUUUGCAAUCAACUUUAAUAAAACUUGCACACAACUUGUAUUGGCAUAAUAUCUCAGUUCCUGUUGAAAACUGGCCCAAUCCCAUCAUGGGUUCCAGAGUUAUGGCCCCUUGAAGGGCCAAAAUUUGCUAUUUUUACCUUGUGAACACGAUAGAGACCACAUUUUGCAAUCAACUUAAUUAAACUUGCACACAAUUUGUAUUGGCAUAAUAUCUCAGUUCCUUUUGAAAACUGGCUAGAUCCCAUCAUGGGUUCCAGAGUUACGGCCCCUUAAAGGGCCAAAAUUUGCUAUUUUGGCUUUUGCAGCCAUACAGAGACUUCAUUUAUGGUUUGAUUUGAUACAAACUUGCAAAAUAUCUUCAACAACAAUAAAUCUUGGAUUCCAUGAUGAAUCUGUCAGAUCCAAUCAUAGGUUCCGGAGUUACGUCCCCUGACUGACCACUGAAAGAGCAAAAAAAAAUUAAUUUUUACCUUGUGAACAUGAUAGAAGUGACAUUUUAUAUUUGCUUUUAACCACAUUUACACACAACUUAAGUCACAAUAAGAUCUUUGUUCUUUUCGAAAUCCGGCUAGAUUCCCUCAUGGGUUCUAGAGUUACUGCCCCUGAAAGGGGCAAAAUUUUCUAUUUUGGCCCUUUCAGCCAUAUAGGGGUUUCAUUUAUGCUUUGAUUUGAUACAAGCUUGCAUAGAAUGAUUAUCUGGAUGAUCUCUUGGCCUGGAUCGUAACUGGGUCAUGUCGGGCCAAAAAUUAGGUCAUCAGGUCAAAUCAAAGGAAAAGCUUGUUAACACUCAAGAGGCCACGUUUUUUGGUCCAAUCUUAAAUGAAAAUUGGUCAGAAUAUUUGUCUCCAUGAAAUCAAUAGGUAAAACAUGUUUAGACUGUUAUUGUAUAUUACUCAGCGACUUAGGGCCAUCUUGGCCCUCUUGUUAUACAGUAAAUGCUGCUGAAAUACAGUAAUUUUUAAAUUAUUGAAAUAAGAAAUGUUGUGCAUUUUCCCUUUAUGGUUCAGAUACAAGCAGUUUCUACAUCUUUUUGAAUAUGAAUGGAGUGAAAUUGUUCCCUUUUUGAUUCUAAGUAACAUUAUUUUUAGAUCUUUUCAACAGGAAUGGUGUGUGUGUUCCCUUUCUGACUUUUAUACAAGCAAUUUUCAGAUUGUUUCUAAAAAGGAAUGGUGUGCCUUUUCCCUUUUUGGUUUUUAGCUUGACUAUACAAAGUAUGGAGAGCUAUCCUACUAGACCCGGCGUCGGUGUUGGCGUCGGCGUCCUUCAGUGUCCACAAUUUGGAUAAAGUUUCUCUUUAUCUUUGUUAUUACUUGAUGAAUUUGCUUCAAACUUUAAAUGGUUGUUCCUCAUAAUCACCCACAUCAUAUGGCACAAGGAUCAUAACUCUAGCACCAAUAUUUCAUGAACUAUCCCCCUUUUUACUUAGAAUUUCAGGUUAAAGUUUUGGUGCACUUCCACUUUUUCUCAGUUAUUACUAAAUGGAUUCGAUCCAAACUUAAAAUAGUUGUUCCACAUCAUCACACAUCAUUUGACACAAGGGCCAUAACUGUGACACCUGUAUUUUAUGAGUUAUCCCCCUUUUGUACUUAAAAUUUCAGGUUGAAGUUUUGAUGCACUUUCACUUUAUCUCUGUUAUUACCAAAUGGAUUUGAUUCAAACUUAAAACAGUUGUACUAUAUCAUCAUCCACAUCAUAAUUAUGAUACUAGUGCCAUAACUCUUCCACCAAUAUUUCAUGAAUUAUGCCCACUUUUUACUUAGAAUUUCAGGUUAAUUGUGGUGCACUUUCUCUAUAUCUUUGUCAUUACUUAAUGAAUUUGAUCAAAACUUAAAUUAGUUUUUUCAGGUCAUCAUCCGCCUCAUAUGGCACAAGGUCAGUCACUCUGGCACAAAUGUUUUAUGAAUUAUAUCCCCUUUUUACUUAGAAAGUUUAAUUUUGAUGCUUUUUAUAUCUCUGCUGUAGCUAAAUGGAUUUAAUCAAACUUAAAAUGGUUGUUCCACAUCAUCACUCAUAUCAUACUGUUAUACAAGUUCGAUAAUGCCGGCACCAGUAUGUUCUGAGUUAUGCCCGCUUUUUACUAACAGAAUUUCUGAUUCAAGUUGUGAUGCACUUUUGUUGUAUCUCCAGUAUUACUAAAUAAAUUUGAUUAAAACUUAAGAUAGUUGUUCCGAAUUAUUAGCCGCAUAAUAUGACACAUGAUGCAUUACUUUUGCAGAAGUUUUCCAUGAAUUAUGUUCCUUUUAUACUGAUUUAAAUUUUUGAGACUGAAGCUAUUGUCCAAUAUCUUCAUCCACAUUUGAGUUAUUAAACACUCCAGUGACAGCUCCAGCUUCCUCAGAUGUACCCAAUUUCACUAUCCAGCAUCAAAAUAGUUGAGCACACUGUCUCCUGUGACAGCUCUUGUUGUACAACUAGUUUUUAGACAUUUUGUAACAGAAAAGAUGUGUAUUUACUUUUUUUGUCGAGCCCGCUUGCGGAAGCGAAAACAUAGUUGUCCAAAUAGCUGUUUGGUGUAUGUGCAUGCAUGCGUCCGUCCGUGCAUGUGUGAAUCUGUCCGUGUGUCUUUCCAGUUUUUCUGGACCAUAACUUUGACAUGCAUGGAGCAAUCUUGUUUAUAUCUGGCAUGAAUGUUAACCUCUAUAAGACAAAGUGUCUUGUGUAAACCCCAGGUUCCUAUCUCAAAGGUCAAGGCCACAGUUAGAGGUCAAAGGUCAUGUCAGAUCUUGUCUGGCCAUAACUUUGACAUGCAUUGAGGAAUCUUGUUUAUAUUUGGCAUAAAUGUUUAACUUAACCCAGGCUGCUAUCUAAAAGGUCAAGGUCACAGGGGUCAAAGGUCAUUUUAGAGCUUGUCCAGGCCAUUUGUUCACCUCUGUGAAACGGAGUGUAAUGUGGGUCUGUAUCUCAAAGGUCAAGGUCAUACUUGGGGGUCAAAAGGUCAUUUAAGGCUAUUUGGCAUAAAUGUUUGCCUCAUUAAGACAGAGUGUUGCGUGCAACUCCCAGACCACUACCUUAAAGCUCAAAAUCAUACUUAGAGGUCAAAGGUCAAAACAUGAUGCUGUAAGUCCUUUUGACACCUGGCGGGCUCGACAUGUUGCCCGUGGGCAUCCUGUGGUUCUUAUAUAUGAACUUUUGGUCUUUUGAAAUAAGAACAGUGUGUUUUACCCUUUUUGGUAAGGUACAAGAAUAUAAAACUGUUCAGAAACCCAGGUAAGACAGUAACCUUACCAUUGGUUUUAUAUUAUGUUAAAAUUUCACAAAGAAUAAAAAAGAUGAUAAAACUUUCAUGAAGAAUAAAAAAUUAGAUAUAAAAAUACCUUACCAUUAGUUAAUAUCAGAUUGUUCUCAGAAGUAACCAGUCAGAUACUGGUCUCCUUUCUGGGCAAGGAUAGAUAAGGAAAGUAGUAUCAGAUGAGCAUUGUUUGGUGUUUGCAUUCAUACUGAUACAGGAUAUGAUAAGGUCAUUGUGUUUGAGACCUGUCGCUGUAAAAGGUAUCACAAACAGAAACUGCUUGCAUAAUCUUCUGAAUCAAGAUAUAGGGACAAGAUAGUGCUAUCUUAGUAUUAUUCAGCAGUGUCAUAUGUACUCCAUGCCCCCUACUUUUUGUGGUUUUCAGCUGAUAAAAAUUAGCUCAUCCAACAGAGCUUGAAAUUUCUGAAUGUUACUUCUUAUCCAUAUUCACAAUGAAAAAUAAGUAUGUAACAGGAAAAAUAGCAUGUAUAUGUAGUCAGUCGAGAAUAUAGUUAACUUUUUCUUUUAAUGUUUUGAUCAAGCAUUUCAAGUGGUCCACAUGCUAUUCUUCUAUUUUCUGACUGGAUUAUGCAAUUCUAGUUGUUCCCUGGCUGCUGCCCUUAUAUCUUCUAUGUUUGAAUCAAGCAAUUCAAGUGUUGCCCUGGCUAUUUUAGCAUAUUUUCUAUGUUUGGAUAAAGCAGUCCUAGUAUUGCCCUGGCUGUUUCCCUUAUAUUUUCUAUAUUUGGAUUAUGCAAUUCUAGUUGUGCCCUGGCUGCUUCCCUUAUAUUUUCUAUGUUUGGAUCAUGCAAUUCUAGUGGAGCCCUGGCUGUUUCCCUUAUAUUUUCCAUGCUUGGAUCAUGCAAUUCUAGUGGUGCCCUGGCUGUUUCCCUUAUAUUUUCCAUGUUUUUAUCAAGCAAUUCUAGUGGUGCCCUGGCUGUUUCUCUUAUAACUUUGUUGUUUGGAUCAUGCAAUUCUAGUGGUGCCCUGGCUGUUUCCCUUAUAUCUUCGUUGUUUGGAUCAUGCAAUUCUACUUGUGCCCUGGCUGUUUAUUUUAUAUCUUCAUUGUUUUGAUAAUGCAAUUCAAGUUGUGCCGUGGCUGCUUCCCGUAUAUCUUCGUUAUUUGGAUCAUGUCAUUCUAGUGGCACACUGGCUGUUUCAUUAUUUUCUAUGUUUGAUUCAAACAAUUCUAGUGUUGCCCUGGCUGUUUCCCUUACAUUUUCUAUGUUUGGAUCAUGCAAUUCUGGUGAUGCCCUGGCUGUUUCCCUUAUAUUUCCUAUGUUUUGAUCAUGCAAUUAUAGUAUUGCCCUGGCUGUUUCCCUUAUAUUUCAUAUGUGUUGAUCAUGCAAUUCUAGUGUUGCCCUGCCUGUUUCCCUUAUAUUUCCUAUGUGUUGAUCAUGCAAUUCUAGUGUUGCCCUGGCUGUUUCCCUUAUAUUUCCUAUGUUUGGAUCAUGCAAUUAUAGUAUUGCCCUGGCUGUUUCCCUUAUAUUUUCUAUGUUUGGAUCAUGCAUUUCUAGUGUUGCCCUUGCUGUUUCCUUUAUAUUUUCUGUUUUUAGCUCACCUGUCACAAAGUGACAAGGUGAGCUUUUGUGAUCACGUGGCGUCUGUCGUCCAUGCGUCCGUCCGUAAACUUUUGCUUGUGACCACUCUAGAGGUCACAUUUUUCAUGGGAUCUUUAUGAAAGUUGGUCAGAAUGUUUAUCUUGAUGAUAUCUAGGUCAAGUUCGAAACUGGGUCACGUGCCAUCAAAAACUAGGUCAGUAGGUCAAAUAAUAAAAAAACCUUAUUUUUCAUGGGAUCUGUAUGAAAGUUAGUCUGAAUGUUCAUCUUGAUGAUAUCUAGGUCAGCUUCGAAACCGGGUCAGCUAUGGUCAAAAACUAGGUCAGUAGGUCUAAAAAUAGAAAAACCUUGUGACCUCUCUAGAGGCCAUACUUUUCAACGGAUCUUCAUGAAAAUUGGUCAGAAUGUUUACUUUUAUGAUAUCUAGGUUAAGUUCGAAACUGGGCUCGUGCCAUCAAAAACUAGGUCAGUAGGUCAAAUAAUAAAAAAAAACUUGUGACCUCUCUAGAGGCCAUAUUUUUCAUGGGAUCUGUAUGAAAAUUGGUCUGAAUGUUCGUCUUGAUGAUAUCUAGGUCAAGUUCGAAACCGGGUCAACUGCGGUCAAAAACUAGGUCAGUAGGUCUAAAAAUAGAAAAACCUUGUGACCUCUCUAGAGGCCAUACUUUACAAUGGAUCUUCAUGAAAAUUGGUCAGAAUGUUCACCUUGAUGAUAUCUAGGUCAAGUUCGAAACUGGGUCACAUGCCAUCAAAAACUAGGUCAGUAGGUCCAAUAAUAAAAAACCUUGUGACCUCUCUAGAGGUGAUAUUUUUCAUGGGAUCUGUUCGAAACUGGGUCAACUGCGGUCAAAAACUAGGUCAGUAGGUCUAAAAAUAGAAAAUCCUCUUGACCUCCCUAGAGGCCAUAUUUUACAAUGGAUCUUCAUGAAAAUUGGCCAGAAUGUUCAUCUUGAUGAUAUCUAGUUCAAGUUUGAAACUGGGUUACGUACGGUCAAAAACUAGGUCAGUAGGUCUAAAAAUAGAAAAAAAUUGUGACCUCUCUAGAGGCCAUAUUUUUUCAUGAGAUCUUCAUGAAAAUUGGUGAGAAUGUUCACCUUGAUGAUAUCUAGGUCAAGUUCAAAACUGGGUCACAUGCCUUCAAAAACUAGGUCAUUAGGUCAAAUAAUAGAAAAACCUGGUGACUUCUCUAGAGGCCAUAUUUUUCAAUGGAUUUUCAUGAAAAUUGGUCAGAAUUUUUAUCUUGAUGAUAUCUUGGUCAAGUUCAAAACUGGGUCACAUGAGCUCAAAAACUAGGUCACUAUGUCAAAUAAUAGAAAAAACGACGUCAUACUCAGUUCAAAACUGGGUUUUGUGGGGACAGGUGAGUGAUUCAGGACCAUCAUGGUCCUCUUGUUAUCAUGCAAUUCUAGUGUUGCCCUGGCUGUUUCCCUUAUAUUUCCUAUGUGUUGAUCAUGCAAUUCUAGUGUUGCCAUGGCUGUUUCCCUUAUAUUUCCUAUGUUUGGAUCAUGCAAUUAUAGUAUUGCCCUGGCUGUUUCCCUUAUAUUUUCUUUGUUUGGAUCAUGCAAUUCUAGUGUUGCCCUUGCUGUUUCCCUUAUAUUUCCUAUGUUUGGUUCAUGCAAUUCUAGUGUUGCCCUGGCUGUUUCCUUUAUAUUUUAUGUUUUUAUCAUGUAGUUCUAGUGUUGCCCUGGCUGUUUCCCUUAUAUUUCCUAUGUUUGGAUCAUGCAAUUCUAGUGUUUCCCUGGCUGUUUCCUUUAUAUUUUCUGUUUUUAUCAUGUAGUUCUAGUGUUGCCCUGGCUGUUUUUCUUAUAUUUCCUAUGUUUGCAUCAAGCAAUUCAAUUGGAGCCCUGGCUGCUUCCCUAAUAUUUUCUAUGUUUGGAUCAAGCAAUUCUAGUGGAGGCCUGGCUGUUUCCCUUAUAUUUUCGAUGUUUGGAUCAUGCAAUUCUAGUGGAGCCCUGGCUGUUUCCCUUAUUUUUUCUCUGUUUGGCUUGCUAAUAACCCAUGAAAGGUUGAGCACUUUGCUAAUCUCGUUGCAACCUUAAGAUAUUUUAUCACUUGACUCAACAUUAGUUUUGUUGAUGACAUGUCUGGUUGUACAUAUCUAAAAAUAAUUUGAAAUUUCUUAGCAUAGAAUGUCUCCCUAAUGUAAACCCCAGAAUAUUGACAACAUCAUUGCCACAUAUUAUGAAUUUUUUUUUUAUAUAAUUAUUAAAUUUUUGUUAACUGCAUAAUUAUUGUAUAUUUUUCUUAGUUAUCUUCUAGUAUCUGGGAGUUGGCAGGAUUUUCCAUGAUUCAUUAACUCUAAAAACUUCUCAAUUUGGUUAAUAAUUAGUGACUUUUACAAGCACUUAUUUUGCAUGAUACUGUCAGAAAUGACUAGAUGUGAUUGGCUGAUAAAUCUAUUGUUUCUCCCUGGUUGCUCUGCUGAAAAUAUUUGGAAAAGCUACCUGUUCAACAUACCUGGCACCAGGGUUACAUUUGUAAUAGAAUUAAGAGAUAUGUGCAACUGUUUGUUAAUUGGAGCUAAUUGACUAGAAAGAAAGCAACAUUUAAGAAUAACAAUGGAAGUGAACUCAGCUAUUGUGGAAGUUAAAGCUUUAGACAGUGGUGUUAUCACUGAAGAUGAAGUUGGAAAAGCUAAUGCAGCUCCUGCUGGUGUCGGGGUCUAUUUACCCCACAUCUUCAGUAUACCAGUUGGACCAAAAAAAGAACUUGUUUCAGCAUCUGUGACAACACCAACUGGGAUAAGAGAUCAAGCCAAAAUUGACCACUUCAGAACAGGCCAUGUUACCCUGAGUUACCAACCGAGAGAAACUGGUCUCCAUAUCCUGCAUGUCUACUACGAUGACAAGAAAACCAAAGGCAGUCCUUACCAGUUUCACGCCCAUCCUCAUGACAGUAAAUAUGUGCAUGCGUUUGGACCAGGGCUAAGUCAUGGAACUGUGCACAGACCAGCAGAGUUCACAGUGGUAACAAAGGCAGCAGGGGCAGGUGGAGUGUGUAUUGCUGUGGAAGGCCCAUCUAAGGCCAAUAUCAAUUGCGUGGACAAUGAGGAUGGUUCUUGUUCUAUUACCUAUGUGCCCACAAGACCAGGAGAAUAUAAUAUCAUAGUGAAAAUGGGAGAGAAAAGUAUCCCUGGGUCUCCAUUUACUGCCAAAAUUUCUGAUGGGCAUCCAAUACGCGAGAUGCCAGAGAUCCCAACUAUACAAGGUGGAAGCUUCAGCAUGCAGUAUGAUGACAUAGAUAGUAUGAACGUGCACGAACUUGAUGCCACAGUGGAGACUCCGUCUGGGGAGAUACAGCCAUGUUCACUGAAAGUGCUACCUAACGGACAUUUAGGUUUUUCAUUUACACCAGUGGAAGCAGGGGAGCAUGAAGUUCGUGUUCAAAAACAUUUCAAACAUAUUCCUAACAGCCCUUUCAAAAUCAACAUAGAGUGUGCGGAACUGAGCAAAGGUCAUGCUGAUAAGGUCAAGGUCAGUGGUGAUGGCAUUAUCGAAGGAGUCACAAAUGUGCCGAAUGAGUUUAUAAUAGAUACAAGAGCAGCAGGAUAUGGUGAGCUGGGCCUAUCUAUGGAGGGUCCAAGGCGAAGUAAAGUUGAAAUGGAGCUAUAUGAUAACGAAGAUGGAACAUGCCGAGCAGUGUAUAAACCAACACAACCAGGACAUUUUGUUAUCAUGGUCAAGUAUGGGGGUGAAAAUAUUACAGGCAAUCCGUUUGAGAUAGAGGUUGAGGAACCUGCUGAGCCGAUGCCAGAAAGAUCUUUCAGAAGUGCAUCAAAACAGGGCCAAGAUUUGUGGGCAUAGGAACACUAAAUUUUAAGGUUUUAGAGAGCUGAAUUCAUAUUCAUCUAUGUGGUAUUAGGAACUAACAGAAAGUGAUGCUAUUUGAAUCCCAGUGAACUCUUCCCUCAUCAUAUAAAAACAAGCUGAAAAUGGACUGUGUGUGCAACACCUCUGUACAGAUGUAACUUUUUGAGACAUAUUAUGCACUACUAUACUUGACAGACAAUGUCGCCAGUAUUGCAACAAAAACACUGAGUUCUGUUUCAUCAUGUAAACCACAACACGUUAUCACUUUAAAGUCAGUUUUAAUGUUUGAAUUUCUGGGCCAGUAUUCAUCAAAACUUUAAGCCUGAAAUAGGACUUGAAAAUUUAAAAUUAAUUUUUGUCAGAUAUCUGUAACUGUUGUAUACAGAGUUUAAUGAAAGUUGGUACGAAUAUGGAAAAUAUUACAUUAAAAAGCUGUGCAAAGUUUUAGCAGUAUAAAUUUGUUGCAAAGGAAAUUAUGGAAAUGUUAAUUUGUAGAGGUUUAAAGCCUGUCUAAAUUUCAGAUUUGAAACGUUGGUAAAUAUGAACUGUAAAAUUCAGACACUCACUCACUAUGAAAUUAAUUUGCAGCUGAUCUUUUUUUCUUCAACUGAGCAGAUCAUUCAUUCAUUGCUGAAGCCAGUUGUCUGUCCUUUUAUUUUUAGUGAAUUUGUUUUGUUGUAAACUAGUCCUGGGUGUUAUCAUCUUUUGGUAAAUUUACUGAAUAUACCAUACAUACAUAAUCAUGACUAGCAGUUUCAGAUUCAAUGCAAAUAGAAGUGCCCCAGGAACAUGGAUCACAUUUGCUACCAUAGUAAUUUGUUUGUUUUUAAAAACCAACAACAAAAAAACAUAUUUUCUGACAAAAUCUUCAUAGCUUUUUAUUUGGUUUGAUUGUAAAUAGGUUGUAUAUAUUUCUGAUGUACCCAACCCCACCCACAUGGAUGUCUUUUUCCUGAUCGUGCAUAAUGUCUUUACAGCACGAGUGUCAUUGGCUUUAUAUAUAUUUGUUAGGAAGAUAUACAUGUAUUAUUAAUAAAUCGAGGGUUCAACGCAAUAAGGGCGUAUCUACAUAUGAUUAUUAUAUGUAGAUACGCCCUUAUUGCGUUGAACUCUCAAAAUGCAUUGCUAUA